UUUGAAACAUUACAAAAAAUUGUCAGUAUUAUUGUACCAAUAUUAUUUGCUGUGAUUGUUAUUGUUGGUUUAGUUGGUAAUUCAUUAGUUGUGAUUGUUGUUAAAUGUAAUCCACAAAUGUAUUCAACAACAAAUUUAUUAAUUAUUAAUUUGGCUAUUGCUGAUUUAUUGUUUAUUAUAUUUUGUGUACCAUUUACUGCUUGGGAUUAUGCAUUUCCAUAUUGGCCAUUUGGUAGUAUUUGGUGUAAAGUUGUACAAUAUUUGAUUGUUGUUUGUGCAUAUGCAAGUAUUUAUACGCUUGUAUUAAUGUCAUUGGAUCGUUAUCUGGCCGUUGCUCAUCCGAUACGUUCAAUAUCAUUACGUACAGUAAAGAAUGCCAAUCGUGCACUAUUAAUAUUAUGGAUAUUUAUAUUAUUAUUCUGUAUACCAACAUUUUUUACACAUGAUGUAUCAUAUGAUCAACCGGAUGGUGCAUAUUCUGUUUGCAAUUUUUUAACAGAUAAAUAUAAUCAUGCCCUAUAUCAAGUUAUAUUCUGUUUAUUUAGCUACAUAAUACCAAUAAUAUUAAUAUUAAUAUUAUAUGUUUUAAUGUUAAAACGUUUAUGGUUUAGUGGUAUACCUGGUCGUAAUAUGAGUACAGAAUCAGUACGAUCUAAAAAAAAAGUUACACGUAUGGUUGUUAUUGUAUUUAUUAUAUUUGCUUGUUGUUGGUGUCCAAUACAGAUUAUACUUGUAUUACGUAGUUUUAAUAUUUAUGAAUUAUCAACAACCAAAGUUAUUAUACAAAUUACUGGUCAUAUUUUAGCUUAUAUGAACAGCUGUAUGAAUCCAAUUCUAUAUGCAUUUUUAUCGGAAAACUUUCGUAAAGCAUUUCGUCGUGUAAUUGCUUGUAAUCGACAACCAAAAAAUCGUUCCGAACAAACUGAAUUGACAAUUGGUAUGUGUCAAAAUAAUAAUACUAAUAAUACUACUACUACUAAUAUUAAUAGUAAUAAGCAACCAAAUACAAAGAUAUUAAAUUUAGAUAAUAACAAUAAUAAUAACAAUAUUAAUAACAAUAAUCAAAAUGAUGUUUAAAACAAAACCGAAAAA